UGGACGGGGCGAGCGAGCCGGGCCAGGCAGCCAGCCGCCCACGGGGCACAAGAAGACCCUCCCCGGCGUGCAGCGCGUCUCCCGCGGGCACCUUUUGCUCCGCCGCCGGCCGGGCAGCGGCCACAAGCCAUGCAGGGCCAGCACCAGGCGGGCGGGCGGGCGCUGCGCUGCGCGCUGGCCGCCGUCGGGCUGCUGUCGGCGCUCAGCGCGGCCGGCACCGUCUUCUUGCUGGGCCAGUGGCGGGAGCUGAGCGCGGCGCUGAGGACCCUGCAGGCGGAGGCGGCGGUGGCGGCGCGCCCCGAGAGUGCGCCCAGCGCGCUCCGCCACUUGCUGGAGCCCACCGCCCCGCCGCCGGGCAGCAGCGGCCUCGCCGGACGGAACAAGAGGAGCCACCACCGCGGGCGCGGCGGCCUCGCCAAAGGCCACAUCCGCGCGGAGACCGACGACAUGCUGAUGAUGAUGACCUACUCCAUGGUGCCGGUUCGGGUGAUGGUCGAGUUAUGCAACAGCACAAAAGGAGUGUGUUUAACAGGGCCACCAGGAUUACCAGGUCCCCCUGGACUUGACGGAUUACCUGGUUUUAAUGGAUCCGACGGAGUUCCUGGCAUCCCUGGGGAAAAGGGGGGAAAUGGAAGACGAGGGAAACCAGGUCCAAAAGGGGACCCGGGAGAGAGGGGAGAAAAAGGGGAUCCCGGCGAAAUUGGCUUGCCUGGGAAAGAGGGGAUGCAAGGAGAGAAAGGAUCCAGAGGGCCCAAGGGUGACAAAGGAGAUGCCGACAACAACCUGAUCACAGAAGGUGAGAAAGGUGAACCAGGGCCUCCAGGACCUCCGGGACCUCCGGGGCCUCCAGGCCCACCAGGGAAGAGGAAACCAAAGCCCCAGGUUGAAGAAAAAAUGUACAGUGCCAAGUGCACAGGGGAGACGUGCGCCGUCCCCAAUGAUGACACCCUGGUAGGAAAAGCGGAAGGCAAGGCAAACCUCUACCAGCACAAGAGACCCGAAUGCGUGGUGAAAUCGAUCGGAAGCCCUACUGAGGUGGUCCAGUUGAAGCAAGAGUUUGGAGCGUGGAUGAGGGAUCCCGCAAACCGAAGCGAUGGCAGGAUUUGGGUUGCGGAGCAUUUUUCAGGCAAGAACGUAAAAGAAUACGAGGAUCUUGCCGCCCUGCGGAACGACAGCUACAAGGCCAUUGGACUCCCUUGGGACUACUAUGGGUGCGGCCAUGCCAUCUACAAGAACGCCCUCUACUAUCAGAGAAUCGCGAAGAGCAUCAUUGUGAAAUACGACCUUGUGACAGAGUCAGCCCAGACGCUCUCCAUCGAGAACACGGGCUCCUACGGCCGCAACUACCUCUUCAAGACUGCCAAAUCCUACUUCAAAGUCGCCGUGGACGAGAAGGGCCUUUGGGUCUUGUACUUCUCCAUCGCCGACGAAUACAUCAUGGCAGCCCACGUGGAAGAGGAGAGCUUCUCCGUGCUCCGUCACGUCAACACCACCUACCCAAAGUCCAAAGCUGGCCAGGCCUUCAUCAUCUGCGGGGUGCUGUACAUCACCGACACCAGCUGUGCGCACGUGACGUUUGCUUUUGACCUGAUGAAAGAAAAGCAGAUCGACGCAAGCUUUGGGUUCCAGCUGGCCUCGUUCAACUCGAGCGCCGAGUGGAAAGGGCCGGCCGUCAGUCUGGCAAUGCUCUCCUACAACCCAGGAGAUAAGCAGCUUUAUACGUGGGAAGACGGCUCCUUGAUCCAGUAUCCUGUCCAUUUUGUCAGCUGAACACGUCUCGUUGGAAACGAUGCAUCCACUCGGCUCCCCUUUGCCUGUUGGGAGAUCUCCCGCCUCGCUUUCAGCAAGUGCACAUCUCCUGUCCGAGAAGAGUGAAACCCCAGCUGGCUUCAGAUAAAUAUAAUGAAACUGUGUUUUGUGCUCGACAUGGCCAAGAGCCCUGGUUUACGUUCCAGACACGCAGCAGGUGAACCAUGGUUUAGCGCCGCUAGACUACUUGUGUGUCCCAUUUGCUCAGGAUUCUGUUUCACUCCUAUUUCUCCAGUGCAGCAGCCCUCUUGAGUUAGAAUCGUGGCCCUAACUGUGGUCUGUGAAUUCAGCUCUAACAGAAAACCGCGGUUAGCACAGCGAGUGGUUCCUUGGUUUUUCAACCCACCCACCCACCCCAAAACACGAUUUGUAGGCAGGCUUGGGUUCAGACAUAAACUAACAACUGGGCACGUUCUCAUGAUCAGGACGAUACGAGUUGAAGUAGGGAUCUGGGGUCCGUGAGCGGCACAUGCCACAGUUUUACUGGGAACCCAGAUGUGUUGCUGCAGUGAAGCCAGCUUGAGCCCAAAUUGGUCAUCGAGGAUCCGAGCCGAGCAAGCUGAUUCAGGCUCAAUCCAGGCUCCCGGCAAAACUCAGCUUCUCGUGAUACGUGCUGCAGGGUUCCCCUCAACUUGCAUCGUCCUGGUCAUGUUUUUGCGUUACAGCUGAAUUCAGCACGUGUGCCUGCAUGUCUAGGACAACAGAUUACCGCCCCUUUAUCAUUCAUGUGUGUUUCGAUUCUGUAGGCUAUUGCGAGUUUAUAGAACAGUGUUGCUUAAUAUCACAGCCGAUGCGACAAGUAAGCAAAAUCAAGAGAGGCUUUUGUUUCUCUCCAGUAGUCUGGUGCAGGGUGGGCAGGUGAGUGACAUUCAAAUAUUUCAAGCCAUCUAGCUAAAAAUCUAAAGUGGCUGCUUGUGGAGGAUCUGGAGAAGUGGUUCCCAACCUAGGGUCCUCCAGAUGUGGCUGGACUACAACUCCCAUCAUCCUCAGCCACAAUAAAGUGGCUGACAUACUAAGAAAUGUUAGGAACAUAGGAAACUGCCAUAUACUGAGUCAGACCAUUGGUCUAUCUAGCUCAGUCUUGUCUUCUCAGACUGGCAGCGGCUUCUCCAAGGUUGCAGGCAGGAAUCUCUCUCAGCUCUAUCUUGGAGAUGCUGCCAGGGAGGGAACUUGAAACCUUCUGCUCUUCCCGGAGCGGCUUCAUCCCCUGAGGGGAAUGUCUUGCAGUGCUCACACAUCAAGUCUCCCAUUCAGAUGCAGCCAGGGCAGAUCCUGCUUAGCUAUGGGUACAAGUCAUGCUUGCUACCACAAGACCAGCUCUCCUCUCCUAAUGUUCUCUUUGAAUGAAACGUGGGCACUGCUGCGCCAGAGCGCUCAAUGUAAGAAUCGCACAAAUGCAGUUGUGGGGCGGGCGGGCGUUCUUUCCAGCGGCUGUCCAUCGCACAAUGGCGUGUGCCCAAUCCUUGUGUCUUGUACAAGAGCACUCUUGUGCAACUGGGCGCAUGUUCCGCUAAGAGGCAGAUGGAAGGUUGCACAGUAUGCCAGCUUUGGGCUUUAGCACCCCACACUUCUGACAAGUCUCAAAUGUGGCUUAUUGCAGCAGGUAUGCAGGUGUGUGUGUGUGGUGUGGAGGCCUUUCCCCAUGACACAGAUUCCAGUGGAUUUCAUUGCGCAGAGGGAAGCUAGGCCUUCUGAACCAACCCUUGGCAUGUUUAAGAGGCAUUUGUUGAACAGAAAUAAAGAUGUUUGUUACCUGUGGAAGUUUGUGCUAAUAGAUGCUAUGUGUGUGCUGAUAUGUAACAAAUCUGAUCCCUGGCUAGAGACAGACCAUAGUUAAGACAGUUGGAAAGUAGUCCCUUAGAAGCAUCAUUUGUCACGGUGUCCAGCCUCUUCCCACUAUUUUCUCUCUCUGCGCAUCUUGUAAUACUUAAACCUGCAAAACCUGUUUAAAGCUAUUGUGGGACAGAGGAAAGUAUAUCCCCCCACAUUGUUAGGACGGGGAUGUAGCUCACUGCCGGAUCAUUUGCUUUGUUUGCCGGAGGCCCCGGGUUCAGUGCCCAGCAUCUCCUGCAAGGGCUGGGAAAAGGAUCCUGCCUGAAACCUCAGAGAGCUGCUGCCAGUCAGUGCAGACACUGCUGAGCUAGAUGGACCAAUGGCCGGACUCAAAAUCAGCAGUAAUACCUUUUAUUACAGGGCUACACAACUUUGCCCCCACCCCCAGCUGUUUUUGGACUACAACUCCCAUCAUUCCCCAUCACAGUGGGCAGUUGUGAUUGUAGGAAUUGUAGUCUACAUCUGCAGCAGGGCCCAAGUUGUGCAGUCCUGUUUUAUUGGGGCCAACUGAAAGGUUAUAGCAGUGAGGAAGCUUCCAGAUUCUGCAGAACUCUUCUUUAGGCUGCAUUCGUAUGUCGUGCGGAACCGCAGUUAAAUGGGCCUGCGGUUCUGCGGACGUUACAUCCGAAUGCAGGAAAUGAGGUUAGCUGUGGGGACCAAACCCAGGGUUUAGAUGCAGAACUCCAAUCUGAACUCUCAGGUGGUAGUGAGUUCUGUGGCCUCAACCCAAGGCUCCAGGCAGCCUGCGGUAUGUCCAGAUUCGGAAUCGCAGCUGCUCCCUGAGGAACCAGAGCUGAGGGAGGAAGCACCUCUCUGAACUCUGGCGUGAUUGGCCGUGCAGGUUGUCCUUCAGUCAAAAAGGAAACCUGCAUAGGCAGCGCCUGCUCCUCUCGGCAGUUGGACCCAUGGUUCCGCGUUACAUGUGAAUGAGGCCAUUGUGUUUCUCCAGUUCUGUCCUGUCCACCGAAACACUUCACCGAUCUGAAGUGGAACUGUUCAGAGAGUCUAUUGCACUGUCGACAAUAAUAAAAACAAAAUUUAGCAGAGAUCUUGGACAGAGCUGUGUGCUCACAUGUGUGUAUAUAUACUUUUUCCUUGCUAUUGGUGUAUGGACACACACAGAAAAUGAUGACGAAUAAAGAAUAUAUUAGUCAAAGCAGUGACCAGGGUGUGCAGUAUUUCAAGCAACUUUUCAAACAAACAUGGCAAUUAAGGAAUAGAACAAAAUUUUCCUAGAGGGAUAGUCUGUUGCAGCAAGCAGAACAAAGAGUACUAUGGAUUCUUAACGAUCAUGUGGUGUUUGUUCAUUAUUUAACAAAAUGUAUUAUCUGUUCGUUAAGUCUCUAAGGUGCCACAAGAUUCCUUUUUGCUGAUGCCGGGGAGGAGAGCUGAUCUUGUGGUAACAAGCAUGAAUUCUCCCCUUUGCUAAGCAGGGUCUGCCUUGGUUUGCAGUUGAAUGGGAGACUACAUGUCAGAACUAUAAGAUCCCCCCUUUAGGGAAUGGGGCCCACAGCUCUGUGACAGAGCAUCUGCUUGCAUGCAGAAAGUCACCCCUGCCUGAAACCUUGGAGAGCUGCUGCCAGUCAGUGCAGACAAUACUGAACUGGAUGGACCAAUAGUCUGACUCAGUAUAAUGCAGCUUCCUAUGAAAUGUGAGCGAGGCAAAGACUAAGGAGUUCCGUGAAAUAAAAGGAAUUUAUUUAACUUACAAAGGUAAAACUAACAAAUGACAUUUGCUUUCUUUCCCCAUAUACAUACUUCACAGCUUGCAAUUAAGAUUGCCUUUAGACAAAGGUGCAUUUUAUCCCGUCAUAUAUAUAUAUAUAUAUUUAUAUUUAUAUAAUUUUUACAAUACAUCACAGACACCAAAAUUCUCAUUGGGAGGAAAAAAAAAAUACAAUUUGUUAACAUUUAAAUACACAGACAUCAGCUCCCAUUAUCUUAGUAAGAAUGUGUCUUCCUGUUUACAGCUGAGAAAAAUACAUCUAAAUAUGACAAACGAUCGCUGGUAUAUUACAAGCAAACAAUAUUGACCUCUGCAUAGUUUUAUACAAUAUGCCUUGGUAAUCGUU